AUAAGUACUCGAAAAGAAAGAUCUAUAUUAAUCUGAUUAAAAAAAUGUGCUGAAAGUCAAAUCAAGAAAUAGUUUUUAGGUGUCAUUUGCCAUAGUAAAUUUACUUUAAAUUAAAGAAACGAUUUGUUUUUCUGCUUUUUUCUCGAUUUCAGUGGUGCAUAAACGUUCUUUCGCUCACAUGUCGCAACCAUUCGCAGUAAAUAUUUACUCAUUGACGAGUUUUCUAUAGUUAAACACCCUCCUAUCGCAACGAUUAGCAAAGAGAGAGCUUGCUCACCUUAUCUCUUAUCGCAUAAUUUCCGUAGAAUAUGUCGACAAGAUUCCAAUAACUAAUUUUAGUGUCAAAUAAACUCUUACCGGCACCACUAAACGUGAACUCCGAACAGCCAUUUAGAAAUGGACUCUCCGACUUCAGAGACAACCUCGCCUCCGCCUGCGGUAACUGGUCCAUUCGUAGGGGCUAUCGACGAGGGAACCACCUCAGCGCGAUUCAUAAUAUUCCGCGCUGGUACCGACGAGAUUGUUUGUUUCCAUCAAAUCGAGGUGGAGUCUAUUUUUCAAAAGGAAGGAUGGUGCGAACAGGAUCCCAUGGCCCUAAUGAAAACGGUUAACGAGUGCAUUGUCGGAGCCUGCAAGAAGCUCGAAGCUGUGGGUGGCAAAGUUGAGGAAAUCAUUACGAUUGGAAUAACAAACCAGCGCGAGUCAACUGUCGUUUGGGAUAGACAAACCGGCCAACCCCUGGUCAACGCUAUAAUAUGGUUAGAUAACCGAACCACCAGUACGGUGGAGGAACUGUUGGAGACUAUACCUAAUAAUACCAGGAAUAUUAACUACCUGAGACCCCUGUGCGGACUACCUUUGUCGCCGUACUUUUCUGGCGUGAAACUUCGUUGGUUGCGGGACAAUGUACCGGUGGUGAGCCAGGCAAUGGAGAGGGGCACGGCCAUGUUCGGCACCAUUGACACCUGGCUGAUGUAUAACCUAACUGGCGGAAAAGAUUUGGGCGUCCACAAGACGGAUGUGACCAACGCUUCGAGGACCAUGCUUAUGAACAUAGAGACGCUCCAGUGGGAUCCCAACUUGCUCAAGUUUUUUGGCCUCCCAAAGAGUAUAUUGCCGGAGAUCUGUUCAAGUGCGGAGCUUUACGGUAACAUUGCCCAGGGCGUGCUCAAAGGCAUCAGUAUAAGCUCUGUCUUGGGUGACCAGCAAGCUGCUCUGGUUGGGCAACAGUGCCUGACCAAGGGCCAAGCCAAAGCUACAUAUGGCACUGGAUGUUUCUUGCUUUACAACACAGGUCCCUCAAUUGUGCACUCUCAGCAUGGCUUACUUACCACCGUUGGCUACCAACUGGGCAGAAAGGCUGCCCCGUUUUACGCUCUCGAGGGCAGCGUGUCUAUUGCCGGCGCGGCAUUUAACUGGUUGCGCGACAACAUAAACCUCAUUCAGAAUUCAGGCCAGAUCGAAACUAUGGCCAGCACUGUGGACAACUCCCUGGAUGUGUACUUUGUACCAGCCUUUAACGGUCUUUAUGCUCCUUACUGGAACCAGGACGCCCGGGGAGUUAUUUGUGGUCUAAGUGAAGAAACAACAAGUGAGCAUAUAGUGCGAGCCACUCUGGAGGCAGUUUGUUUUCAAGUCCGUGAUAUACUCGAUUCAAUGCACAAGGAUUGCAAAAUUCCUUUGGCAAAGCUAAUGGUAGACGGUGGUAUGACUGUGAAUAAUCUUUUCCUACAACUGCAGUCUGACCUAGUCGGGAUCCAAGUGCUUCGAGCUAAGAUUGCCGAGACAACAGCGUUGGGAGCUGCAAUGGCAGCUUACAAAGCCAUUGAGAGCCGCUACCAAAUGGAAGCUCCACUCUCGAAGUCGGGACCCCGAGAGGCCAUAAAACCUUCGAUAAGUACCACAGAUCGCAAUCUUCGCUACCAGAAGUGGAAAAUGGCCAUCGAGCGCUCCCUAAACUGGGAGACUUCGACCCUUUCUUACGGAGAGCGCGAGGCAUUCGAUGGAGCAUAGACGCAGCUCGACCUUGGUAAUGUCGUGUACUUAUAUUUGUGGUUGUUGUUUUAUUAAUGACGGCUUUAUGAAGUGGCCUAAAUUUGUUUUUGUUUAAAAUUUCGAUUUAUUGCAUAUAUAAAAAUGGUAAUGAAAAACGUAAAAA